AUGGCGCUCAGGCACUACCAAGCAAACAUACCAAACAAAUUUGACUUUUGCAUACCUGUGCAGCAGGGCCAGGACCUGAACCUGUUACCCCUAUGGCCGUGCCCCUCCGUGCAUUCGAUUCUCACGGCCGGCAACGGUAACACUCCAACGCUCACACAAAAGGACAUCCAACCCUGUGAAACAGGUUGCCAUGGGAUCGAGGAUGGAAGCCGAAUGGGAACCUGAACGAGAACAGGGCGACGACAUGUCCUGAAGUAG